ACUGUUACUGGCAGGUUUCUCCGAUUUUGUGGUCAACUGAAAAGGAGUUACCAAGUCCCUCAUUUGUGUACCGCGGUCUGUGCAGCGACUGCUCGUGACAUCACGAGGGCGUGGUGGUUCCUAGGAGACCAGAAUGUUACAUAGUCCCCGAUUAUUUACUUCAGGCUCAGUCGCGGCGCUGGCCUUGGCUCCACUAAGCCAUAGGCUCGCGAAGAGCUGCUGACCCAGCUGUAAACUGUUCGCUUGCAACGCUGUCCGCCUCCCGCCUCUGCCAAUCUCGGUCGCUGGCUACAGCUCCCUGCACGGAGUGGAAGGAGAUGGCUCAACAUCGUAACUGAGCUCAUGGCCCUUUUUUGCCUUUCUAAGAAGCCAGUUCAUUCUACACAAUGGGAGCAUCCAGAUCCAAAUCAGCUUACACACGUGUGUUUUAAGAAAAAAUCCUAUCAUUUGACAGUUCGUCCCCACUUGAUUUUAAAGUCAAGUUGACCUUCCUACAUUUCAUGGAUCUGAAAGCCAGGAAAAUGAAUUAUCUGAGGGCAAACAAAGGCGCAAGCAUAGUUUGAAAGAGAAGCCUGAGCCUUUAUUUGAAAAAGAAGUUUGUUUGGCUUCUGAGAUGCAAGAUAAUGAGAUGCGUGAGAUUGAAAUCAACAACCACAAGCUACUUCUUAUCAAAGCUAAUGGAGAAUUUAGUACCAUAGGGCAUUUGUGCACUCAUUAUGGAAGUCAGCUGGUCAAUGGAGUUCUCUCACAUGGAAGGGUUCGUUGUCCAAGGCAUGGUGCUUGUUUUAAUAUAAAAACAGGUGAUAUUGAAGAGUUCCCCUGUAUGGAUGGACUACAAAGUUAUAAGACUGAAGUCCAGGAUGGCAAGGUUAUUGUAUUCACAACUACCUCAGCCUUGAACACAAACAAAAGGACCCAAAACAUGGUCACUCGGUCACUAGUGAAUAAAAAUCUCAUUCUUCUUAUAGGUGGAGGUCCAGCUUCGUUAAUCUGUGCAGAAACUCUUCGCCAGGAAGGUUACACAGGACGUAUCAUAAUAGCAACCAAAGAAAUGCACUUGCCUUAUGAUCGUCCGAAACUCAGUAAGACUUUAGACAUCAACAUUGAACAUAUCUUGUUACGGAAGCCAGAGUUCUACUCAACGAACGGCAUUGAAGUGUUGAUCAACAAGGAGGCCACAUCAGUGAACACAAAAAAAAGGAAAGUCAGUUUCAAAGAUGGAACUAGCCAGCGAUAUGACAACUUGUUGCUUGCAACAGGCAGCAUACCUAGAAUGCUCAGUUGUCUAGGAGCGGAUCUAGAAAACAUUUGUCUCUUGCGCAGCUUUGACGAUGCGAUCAGAAUCAAUAAACUUGCAACAGCAAAGGAUAUUGUUAUCGUGGGAUCCUCAUUCAUUGGAAUGGAGAUAGCUGCCUAUCUGGUUGAGAAAGCCAGUUCUGUCUCAGUGGUUGGAAAUUCUGAGGUCCCAUAUCAACACAUACUGGGGACAGAAGUCGGCAAAGCUAUAAUGAAGGCAUUUGAACUGGAAGAUGUGAAGUUUUAUAUGUCAGAUCAUGUGAUUGAGCUAAGGGGAGAGGAUGGAUUGGUGAAAGACGUUGUGCUGGCCAGUGGAAAGGUUCUUCCAGCAGAUCUCUGUGUGGUGGGAAUUGGAGUGAGACCUGCGACCCAUUACCUUCAUGGAAGUCAGAUCAAGACAGAUCCAAAGGGAACAGUUAUUGUUGAUGAGUACAUGCAAACCAAUGUUGAAAGAAUAUAUGCAGCUGGAGAUAUUACUUCAUUUCCUCUACCACUGUGCAGUAACGAGAAUGUUAACAUUAGUCACUGGCAAAUAGCUCAUAAACAAGGUUACAUUGCUGCACUCAACAUGCAAAAUAAAAAGAUUGCUAUUGAUACUGUACCAUUCUUCUGGACAUUUUUCUUUGGGAAGAGCCUUCGAUACGCAGGUUAUGGUGCAGAUUUUGAAGAAGUUAUAAUUCAAGGCAACAUGGAUGAGCUGAAAUUUGUGGCAUUUUAUAUCAAAGAGGAUAAGGUUGUUGCAGUUGCCAGUUUGAACUAUGAUCCUGUGGUAGCCCAGGUGGCUGAAGUUCUGGCCUCAGGAAAGACCAUAUCAAAACUUGAAGCUCAGGAUAAGCAAAUGCCAUGGCUUCAGUACAUCUGAUUCAAACAUCUAUGCUUCAAGUGAACCUCUCUUAGAAUCCUGGUAUAAAGGAAGUUUUGUAACAGUUGAUUGACUUUCCUGAUAUAUUUUAUUAAAUUUAUAUUUUGAAACAUUGUAUAUUCCUCUGGAGAAUGCAAAAAAAUAAUUUGAAAUAGCGAACAUUGUCUGUAGUUUAAUUUUUACUCUGUUGGAUAAACUGAAAUGUAUAGAAUUAGUGUAAAAAUGCAAUAGCAUUUUCAUUGAUAACUACUUGUUCUGAUUCUACUUUUAUUUCCAUAAUUGACACCUGGUCAAAGAAUGACUAGUAGGAAUUUGAAUGCAUAACUAAUCCUCUGGGAAGCUAUAUGCAACUAGUGAUAAACUCAUUACAUUAGAUAUGCCAUUGAACAGAGAAGGACCAGUGAGAAGGGUAUUUGUUUUGCUUUAAUGUGGAAAAAGAUGCACAUCAACAUGCAGCUAAUGUCUGUCAUAAAACAUUGAUUCUUAAGAAUUGAUUGUUGUGGAAUCAUUGAGAUGUACAGCACGGGAAUAGACCCACCGGUCCAACUCAUCCAUGCUGGCCAGAUAUCCUAAA